AUGGCAGACGACGACCCAUUGGCCGCAUACCAUAGGCUACCUUCAUUCAUCAAAGUGUUUUCCGGAGGUCACAACAAAGACGAGCUGCGACUUCCUCCGCAAUGGGUUGCGGAACACGGGGAUGACCUACCGUUUGAUUGUCGUCUCGUCAUGCCAAACGGAUCGCGAUGGCAAGUCCGCUUACUAAAAAUAGCUAGUGGAUGCCACUUUUGCGUUGGAUGGCCUGACUUCUGGCGUGGGAAUAAUAUUUCCCAUGGGGAGAUACUUACCUUCACCCUCGUCGACGUGGGGAUUUUCCACGUAAAAAGAUACAAGUCGGGGACCGAUUGCCCACCAUGCGGCGAUCUCGCCCAGUUGGCCGAAGAGGAUGACGACAAAGAGAUCUACAACCCCGACUUUGAUUCUUCGGAUGAUUAUGCCCCAUCCGACGUGGAACCGGAGUCGGCGGAGGACAGUGAGUACGACGACGAUCGGGGUGCUCGUGAUGACGAUGAGUAUCCCACAUGGACCUUGAAGCUGACCAAAUCAAACAUCAAGCGCACAAUAGAAAUACCGACUGACUUUUGGAAUCUCCACGCCAGUGCUGCGCCUCAGCAGAAUGUGGUGCAUUUUCUGGUGGAUGGACAUACAUGGCGGCUGUUUCUCAAGCAUAGCCAGGGCAGGAUAUGGAUCAAGCAUGGAUGGCGUCGAUUCAAAGAAGCUAACGCUUUGUUCCCGGGUGUUCGUUGCCAUUUUAAGCUCGUCGAUGCUCAAGACAUCCAGUUCUAUGUGUGGUUUGAUCGGCCUUGA